AGGACGCAAAUUGUUUCCUUGGAGUUGCAGAUACAACUUUGGAACCGCAAACAAUAGGAUACAAUGUAAUGUGGAAGAGGAAGUAAUGAAUUGACUUUAAAAAAUAUUUUUUCGGAGUUUUAAUCGCCUUAGGAAGCGACUGCAUGAGAAACAUGGCAGAGGAAAUGGACCAGAACCCCGAGGCCGAGGAGAACGCCUUUGCGACGCUGGAAAAAAGGUUCCAAGAAGUUCUUCACGAGCUCCUUGGCGACAAAAACCUGGAAAAAUACCGGGUCGAGUACGAAAAACUCGCCAAAGCCCUGAAGAAGUCUCACGAGAGUGAGAAGAGACUCAUGACAAAAUGCAGGGAGUUAUCGGCGGAGAUAGUGUCCAACAGAGUAAAAGUAGACGCAGCUCGCAAGCUGUCAGAAGAAGACAAAUCAGUCGCUGAUACCUUGAAAAAGGAGGUAGAAAAGGCAUGGAAAAUGGUGGAUGCAGCCCAUGACAAGGAACUGACCAUGAAGGAAACCAUUCAGAAUUUGAAGCAUGACAUUUCAAACCUGAAUAAACUUAUUGAACAAGGAGCCGGUGUGGCGAGUGGUCAGGAGCACAGUUUGAAAGACUUGUUGAAAAUCAAAUCUGACCUAACAAAGGAACGAGAUGAACUCCUGACCGAAGUAGCAAAUAUACGAGACAGUCUUACGAAGGCAAUCGCCAGUCAGCAAGAGACGGAAGCAACGAAAGCUCAGGCCGCGGAAACUAUAUUGCAGCUGCAGCAGGACAUCCAGGUGCGGCAGAACGAGUGUUCGCGGGAGACGCGCAGGAGGGAGCGGCUGGAGAAGGAGGCGCGGCAGCUGCAGGCGGACCUGGAGGCGCGGCAGGCGGAGGUGAAGGUGCUGAGCGCACAGGGGCUGCGCAGCCGGGAGGAGCUGCAGCGGCUGGAGCAGCAGCUGCGUGAGCAGAAGAUCCUGAACGAGAGAGCGGCCAAGGAGCUGGAGCAGCUGCAGGUGCGCAACGGGAAGCUGCAGCAGGAGAACGAGCAGAACGCCCAGAGUGUGGAGCAGCUCGCCCUAGAGAACCAGCAGCGGACCGCGGACCUGAAGAUGAAAGAGGACGAGUUGAAUCAGAUGCGUCAGGAGGUAUCCAAACUAACCAAGACGAGAGAGGCCACCCAGAGGAGGCUGCGGCAGGCGGAAGAGCAGAAGGGGGAGGCGGAGCAGCAGAGGGACACGGUGAAGAAUCAGAUCGCCGGGCUGGAGAGAGAGGUGGAAUCGUGUAAAAAGCAGAUGGAGAUGGAUAAGAAAGCCAUGGAGGAGCUGGUGCGAGAGAGGGACCUCUUGAACAAGAACCUGAUCAAGGCCACGAGCGCCACGGAGAGGCAGGUGAACGAGGUGAAGCUCCACGAGCAGUCCAAGAAGCACCUGGAGCACGAGAUCGUCAACUACCGGGACGAGGCGCAGAAGCAGCGCAAGAUCAUCUACCAGCUGGAGAAGGAGAGGGACCGCUACAUCAACGAGGCCAGCGACCUCACGCAGAAGGUUCUCCAGCACAUGGAGGACAUCAAGGUGAGGGAAAUGGAGAUCUUCGACUACAGGAAGAAGAUCGCGGAAGCCGAGACCAAGCUCAAGCAGCAGCAGAACCUUUACGAGGCCGUGAGAUCCGACAGGAACCUCUACAGCAAAAACCUCAACGAAGCUCUGGUGGAGAUCGCAGAGAUGAAGAGGCAGCUGAAGAUCAUGAACCACCAGGUGGACCAGCUGAAGGAGGAGAUCGGCGGGAAGGAGUCGGCCCUGGUGAAGGAGCACCUGGAGCUCCAGCGCGUGGAGAAGGACAAGGAGGCGCUGAAGACGGAGCUCCAGAAGAUGAAACAACAGGUUCAAGAGACAAAACAGUUCAUCGCCAAUCAGGAGGCGGAGGAGAGAAAGCUGCUCAAGAUCAUAGACGACGCUGACGCUGAGCGGCUCAGACAGAAGAAACAGUUGGAUCAGGUAAUCAGCGAGCGUGACGUCCUGGGGACGCAGCUGGUGCACCGCAACGAGCAACUGGCCCUGCUGUACGAGAAGAUCAAGAUCCAGCAGUCCAUGCUGAACAAGGGCGAGCUGCAGUACAGCCAGAGGGUGGAGGACAUCAGACUCCUGAAGCUGGAGAUCAAGAAGCUGAGGAGGGAGAAGGGGAUCCUGACCAAGACGGUGGCCAACGUCGAAGACCUUCGGUGCGAGGUGUUCCACAUGCAGAAGGAGCUCCUCAGGGAACGCACGAGGUGCCAGGCCUUGGAGGAGGAGCUGGAGAACCCCAUGAACGUCCAUCGAUGGAGGAAACUGGAGGCUUGUGACCCCAGCACCUUUCAGCUGAUCCAGAAGAUUCACUCCCUGCAGAAACGUCUGAUAACAAAGAGCGAGGAGGUGGUGGAAAAAGAGCUUUUACUGCAGGAGAAAGAGAGGCUCUACGUGGAGCUGAAGCACAUCCUCGCCCGGCAACCAGGGCCCGAGGUUGCCGAGCAACUUCAGGUGUACCAGCACGCUCUGCGGGAGAAGACCAAGCAGCUGAAGGCGCUGUCGUCCGAGCUGAGCAUGUGCGAGUCGCAGUCGCAGGAGUGCAGGAGCCAGAUGGAGCGAUUGGAUCACGAGCUGCAGAACGUCAAGAAGAAGUACCUGGCUCAGAAGCGCAGAGAACAGCAUUCCAGGGAGAAGGACAGGAGCGUGGCUCAGAUGGGACAGCCUCUGAUUCAGCCGCAGCGGACGGACGGCCCCCGCUUCACCGGGGGGGGCUUCAGCCUCAAGCAGCCGGGGAGAAUCGCGGCAUGAACACCCCCCCCCCCCAACAUCACCACCACCACCACCAACCCCCAGCCCAACCCAUGCAUCACACUGUUCUGUCAAAUUAAACGCGUCUCUGUUGUACCUACAAGAAGGGGUUGGUGUGAAUUGCAUUUUUCUUACGCUUUUAGGUUUUUGUUUUACACAGAAAGACAAGUCCGACCAUCCUGACUUUAUAUCUGGGGGGAAUUUUUUAAAAAGAAAUAUAUUACCAAUGCUGCAGUGGUGAGAAUGUGGAACUGGCGAAGCCAUGCUGGACGCACAUGAGAGAGCUCUUGGUUGUCGGCCGCGCAGAAAACCUUCCGACUGUUCAGAAUUUCAAACGAUCGAGUGUGCAGAAAGGCAGAGCUGCUUUAUCCGAAUGUCUGCGAUCAUCCCAAAGCAGAAACUCUCCAGCUAAAGCUUCUCAUCAUGGCUACAUUUCCUGGCCUGAGUACUGUGCUCAAUCCAUUAAGUUACCUUUGUCUUGUUAAGUUGUCAUUGAUAAAAAGUGGAAUAAAGAAAGAAAGAAAGAAAAAAUUUAUUUGCAGGAAUUUAGAACUUUUAUAUACGGUAUUUGUUCCAGUCAAGGAUUAUAAUGAUCACAGGCUGUCUCCAAUGAUUGACCAAUGAUCACGCCAGCCUUAAACGUGGCCACUGGUUUGAUUGGCCCUUGUGAUCCUGCAGCUCUUUAGUGGAAUAUGUCAGAGGGGAACUUAAUAAGAUCCCCCACCCUUAUUUCCCCCAUAAAUAUGCUAAUGCUGCAGCCAUUUUCACACAGCGAUACGCGUGACACCCACCUGUCCCCUUUUGUCUAUUUCAAUCUGUUUAUUCAAGUAUUUCCUAUUCACACAUGCUAAUGUGCUUCACCUCUCAAGUAAACACGGUGUCUAAUUCAGGGUAUUUUUCAUAGCAGGUUUUAAACACAAUUUAAAAAAAAUUUUGACCAGAGAGGAAUAUCAACUGCUAUUCCUGAGUGAGUUCAUUGUAAUAUCAGAGUUAAGCAGGGGAAGGGUCGUAACGGUUUUGCAUUUUUAACAGCAAAUGAUUAACGGGCUGUGGCUUUUGAAAAGUUUUCUUAUGAACGCACUUAUCCGUUUUCAAAGUGUAACUGUCUUCAGAGAUGACUGUGAGAGUCCUCCUCCUCUUUACUAGUAGGCUUGUCUUAUAACCACAGUCCAGAUGAGACCGAUGUAACUGAAUGCAAUUGCAUUAAAAAAAACAAUCGUAAUAAUGUCUGUAAAAUUAUUAAAGUCCUGUAAUUAAAGGAACAAGCACAUGUCACAACAUGAUGUGAGGUCCACAGAAAUCCUUGUGCCGUGGCAGUACCACAUUUCCUGAGAAAUUGUGGCCUGCACAGAACAAGACACCCACUGCGUUAGACAGAGGGGGCUUUGAAUAAAAAACCCGCUGAAUCAAA